AUGACGACUGCUGAAAUGGGUAAAAUGUGGUUGGCUGUCCAGCCCACGCACGUGGGUGGUCUAAUUUCCGAAACUGACUAUGUCAAAGUAGCACAAGAAGAAGAAGAAGAAGAAGAAGAAGAAAACGACUACGACGACGACGAUGUUGUUGCUGUGGAUGAUGGUGGUGAUGAUGAUGAUGAUGAUUCCGGUCUGUUGAUCAGAAGAAGAAGCGGUCGCUAG